AUGGUAAAUUACUUAAGAUACUUAAGAAUAAUUAAUACAAAUAAAAAAAGUUUUGAGAAAAUAAUUGCACAUGAAAAGUUUGGUACUGUUAAAAUACCUGAAAGCUUAAAGAGUUUUUAUGAGAAGAAAAAAGAAGAAAUAGAAUUAAAAAAAAAAAAAUUGGAAGAAAAAAAGAAAAAAAUGGAUAAAGUUUCAAUUUCAAAGGAGAGGAAAAAUAAAUUCAAAUCAUCUAAAGGACAACAUAAUAUAUAUUAA